GAGUGAUACUCAAACACACAACACAGCAGCAAAGGAACAAAACAAAAAAGCAAAACAGUGGAGAAAAUCUUCCCUCAAAAUCUAUCCCUCUUCCUCUUGCCCAGGCAUCAUUCUCCAGUCCUCCUCCUCUCUCUCCUUCUCCAUGCUAUUUAUACCUUAGAUCUUCAUUUCUCUCUAUAUAUAUGUUGUGCUGCCUUAUCCAGGAUUUUUCAUGCUGCUAUUGCUGCUGCUGCUGGUUGUGCUUUUGCAGAUCUUGCGGGGAGGGCCAUUUCUCGAUCUGUUUGGGCUUUUCAGAUUAGGGUUUCGCUGGUGUUUCCUUUCCAAUGUCGACUCCCUAUCCCAUUCCUGUCACGGCUGCUCAGGUUGGGACGUACUUUGUGGGGCAGUACUAUCAGUUACUACAGCAACAGCCGGAAUUCGUUUACCAGUUCUACAGUGAUACCAGCACUAUGCUUCGUAUCGAUGGCACUAUUAGAGAAAACGCCACUACAAUGCUCCAAAUCCAUGCGCUGAUUAUGUCAUUAAAUUAUGCUGGAAUUGAGAUAAGGACAGCACAUUCCUUGGAAUCGUGGAAUGGGGGUGUUCUUGUGAUGGUUUCUGGUUCUGUUCAAGUGAAGGAUUUCAGUGGACGGAGAAAAUUUGUGGAAACAUUUUUCCUUGCACCUCAGGAGAAGGGCUAUUUUGUCCUCAAUGAUGUUUUUCAUUUCAUUGAUGAGGAACAAAUUCACCACCAUCCAGCUGUCUUACUAGCCCAUAACAAUCUUGAAUCCAAACUUUAUGUUCCUACUGCUAUUCCAGAGCCAGUUCAAAAUUAUUUGAUGGGUGGAGAAAACCAGACUAGGGAGUUUGCUGCGCCCGCCGAAGCCAAGGAAAAUGGUGCAGUUGACAGCUACGGUUUCUCAGAGCAACAACCACAGCAAGUAAGUGAGUCUGAAAAUGUUCGGGAGGAAAAUUCUAUGGACUCAAAUGGUUCACUUCAAAACACAGUGACUACUGCAGAGGACCAACUGUCAGCUUCUGUUAAGGAACCUAUUGGGGAGACCCAGAAACAUACUUAUGCUUCUAUUUUACAGGUAGCUAAACGACAGUCCGUGCCAUCAGUUGCCCCACCUACUUCAGAUUUGAAUCAUGCUCCACAGCCCACUUCUCAGCAAGCAACUGUGACAUCAAAUUCAUUUGAAAAGUCCAGAGCAGAAACAUUUGAGGAGAUUUCAGCUUUAGAAGAUGGUGAAAUAAGGUCUGUGUAUGUAGGUGAAAUAAGGUCUGUGUAUGUAAGAAACUUGCCAACUACUGUAUCUGCAGCUGAAAUUGAGGAGGAAUUCAAGAAUUUUGGCAAAAUUGUACCUGAUGGUGUUGUCAUUCGAAGUCGCAAGGAUGUCGGUGUAUGUUAUGCAUUUGUUGAAUUUGAAGAUAUGACUGGAGUUCAUAAUGCAGUGAAGGAGGGUAGCACACAUGUUGCCGGGCGGCAAGUAUACAUUGAAGAGCGGAGACCAAAUAGCAACAUCCCAUCCCGUGCAGGAAGGGGAAGGGGUAGAGGCAGGGGUAGCUACCCAUCAGAUGCUCCAAGGGGUCGUUUUGGUGGUCGAGGUUUUGACAAAGGUGGUAGCUAUGAUGGAGGUGACCGAGACAACAGAUCAAGAGGAAAUGGUCAUGAUAUGCCAAAUCCCCGCCAAGAUAGAGGGUUCACGGGUUACCAAUUAUCAAGAAAUGGAGACAACCAUUGGGAGUAGACAGUUUAGUUUUAUUAACUAGGGAGAGAACAAAGUUUUGGGUCCAGCCAUUGCACUCAGCACAUUCAGCUUCAUUGGUUUCAAGAAUGAUAUAAUUUGUAUUUCCACAAGUCCGGUUAAUUUAGAUAAUGUCAGGCAUAUGAAUCACGCGUGUUUUCUUUGGUUUCUUGCUGAACAUUCAAAUUUUUAUAGCAACAUUUGCAAUUUUGAGAUUAUUUGAUUUAUGUAAAAUCUAACAUCUUUCUGGUUCAUGAAGUUAUUUACUUGGUUCAAUUUAUUUAUUUAUUAAGUUUUUAACA